AUGCUUGAAGAAAUCAAGAUGCCUUCAGAAAGGAGACGAAUAUUUUCUGAUGGAGCCAAGUUUGACAGACUUAGUGGGCUUCCCGAUGAAGUUCUGCACCAUGUACUCUCCUUCCUUGAUACCAAGUGUGUUGUUCGAAGUAGCAUUUUGUCAAACAGGCUUUGUCGUGUAUCGAUUCUCAAUUGUCCUGGAUUUGGAGAGAGGUCUGAUAUCUUUGCCGCCAUCUUCCGCUCAAUCUCCCUCUGCGACCAAUCAAUUGAGACUCUGGACUUAAAACAAGUCCAGUUUGAUAAUAUGACAUUUGGGUUGCAAAGCUCUGGUUUCAAAGUGCUUACCACUUUGACCUUGUCUGAGUGCUACUUGGAUUUCUCUAGCUGGAACCAACCGCUCAACCCGUUUGCUCGUUUUCCCAUGUUGAAGAAUUUGGCACUAAUAUCUUGCAGUUGCUCUCUUGGUGACGAUCCCGAAGAUGAAGAGACAAUGAGGUGUUUGAAAGUUGUUGGACUCCAGUUGCUUAUCCUAGAAGUAGACGAUGUAUUUGGUUUCGAUGAGAUAAAAGUAUUUGCACCAAAUCUGAAACGGUAUACUUACAAGAAUCAGAUUCGUGACUUUUCUCCAAUGACAGAAGUCUUGGUCAAUGUCCCUUCCUUAGAGCAUGCCGAUAUCAAGUUGUUGGGAUACAAGGGCUUGUAUGAUGAGUAUAAGCAAGAGGCAAACCGACAAUAUGCAAACUUGUUCCUUGGUAUGAGUAGAGCAAUGUCGCUUGUCUUUCAAUUCGAUACCGCCAAGGUAAGUUUCCUAUAA